GCUCUUUGACCAUGGGAACUAAACAGACUCACAUCCAUGCAGUUCAGCCGUCCAGCUUCCUGCUGAGGGCAGCCCUGCUCGCUGUCCUGUUGUGUGGCGCGAGGCCUGUCGCGUCAGACUCAGAUGAGGCGGUCCUCACUGACUGGGACAUCUGGAAGAGCAGCCAUGGCAUAACCUAUGACGAAAUGGACGACAUGCAGAGGAGGGCCAUCUGGGAGGAGAACAAGCAGUUGAUUGCACACAAUAAUCAAGGGUUUUUUAUGGGGAUCAGGCCGUUCGCUAUGGCUAUGAAUAAGUAUGGGGACUUGACACAAAGAGAAUACCAGGUUUUGCAAGGUGCCUUGAUAGACGCCCAGUUUGUAAACCGAGGGAAGAUCGUCUCUGCCCGAAGGCUGCGGACCAACGCUAAGAAGUUAGGUGGUGUUAGAUCUGUUGACUACCGGAACAUGGGCUAUGUGACUGAGGUGAAAGACCAGGGUUACUGCGGCUCAUGCUGGGCCUUCAGCACCACAGGAGCUAUUGAGGGACAAAUCUACAAGACGACGGGUCAGCUGGUCUCCUUGAGUGAGCAAAACUUGGUGGACUGCUCCAAGCCGUACGGUACCUCUGGCUGCAAUGGUGCCUGGAUGGCCAAUGCCUACGACUAUGUGGUGAACAACGGGCUGCAAUCGACAAGCACCUACCCUUACACCUCAGUGGACACACAGCCCUGUUAUUACGACAGCAGACUGUCAGUAGCUCAUAUUAAAGACUACAGGUUCAUACCCAAAGGAGACGAGCAGGCUCUGGCUGACGCCGUGGCAACUAUUGGUCCAAUCACAGUGGCCAUUGAUGCCGACCAUGCAAGCUUCCUGUUCUACAGCUCAGGACUAUACAAUGAGCCCAGCUGUAACCCCAACAAUCUGAGUCACGCUGUGCUGCUGGUUGGCUUCGGCUCGGAAGGAGGCCAGGACUACUGGAUCAUAAAAAACAGUUGGGGCAGCAGCUGGGGUGAAGGGGGCUUCAUGCGAUUGAUCCGGGACGGCAGAAACACUUGUGGCAUUGCCAGCUAUGCUUUGUACCCUAUUUUAUGAUUCUGAUAAGAUGAUUCAGAGUUGACUUUUAAUGCUAAAAAUGUACUGGUCUGUCAGAAGAGCCAAAAAAAAUACAAAAUCAGUCAUUGGUCAUACAGCUAAUAUCAUCUGUAAAGUAAUCCAUAUUUUUCUAAAACUUCUGCUGAACUUUCGGACACUGAAGAUGUAUUGUGGAAAGACCCUCACCAGCCGUGUACAGUGAACACAUUUCCUCUCUCAGGGCUGUUGUUCACACACAAGAUUCAAAUAGCCCUUUGAAAUGUUUGUUUUCUGGAUCAGUCUCCAAACUCACCAAAUAUGGAAAAUGCAAUUUGAAUAUUAAAGCAAGAUAAAAGCAGGUGUCCAAAAAAAGAGAGGACGACCUUGGGGUAAUUAGCUGUGUUUCAUUUGACCUUGUCCAUCUUCAUAAAAGAGCUGUGGUGAACUCAUUCUCCUGUUAGAAACCAAGCUCAAAAUACCACUGAAGACUAAAUGGCACAGAUGAAAUAGAAAAGAAACUCCUGUAAGUAUUAACAUAGACUAAAUGACAUGUUAGCUCUUAACUCAGCAGCUACAGAAGUUCACCAAGCUUCCAGAUUCUGUAUAGAAUUGAUUUUUACUUUUUGCUUCACCUGUCAGUUGCCGCUGUCACACAAGUUACAUAAUCUUGCUUUGAGAAAUGAGCAGAAAUUAUUCAUUAGCACAAUGUAAUGCAAUGGACAUAGGGGGAUGUACCAAAUAAAAUAAAUCAGGGUGUCCUGCUUGUGAAUUUCAAAAAACAACCUUCACUGUUAGUGGAUACUGAACGAUUCACUAAGCGAUGUUUUUAACUUUCAUGUCAUAUCUUCAGACUGCAAAACUUUUUUUGUAUUUGUAUUUGCAUUUGUACUUGGUAGAAAUUAUGUAUAGAUACAUAUUAUAUCGAGAUGGUGUAGGAUGGAAGGGUGGCGUUUGGGGUAUACACUUAUAAAAUGAACUCUGUUUCAGGCCUCGACUUGACUCUGUUAGAGACCAAAUACACUGGUUUAUUUUCAUUUCAAUGCAAGUAAAAGUUUCUUUUUUUUUUUGUGAACCUUACAAACAAUGUAUUUUUUUUAUCACUUACUUACAGGAUCAUCUGAAAUGUUGCAACUUAUCCACUGACUGAUAAUAAAGUGAGAACCACUUUC